UAUGUAACCUUCACAUAGCAAGGGAGAUAAUCAAUAUGGCAGCUUCCAUGGGUACUCCAAAAAUGAAUCAGCUAAUUAAGAAACGGGAAGAAUUGGAAGCUGAAAUUAAAGCCCUCAAUGAAGUUCUUGAUUCCCAAAAGUCAGUAGGUAUGGAUGGUCCACUCGUAGAUUCUGAAGGGUUUCCACGAUCUGACAUAGAUAUAUAUUCUGUAAGACAUGCUCGGCACCAAAUUAUUUGUCUUCAGAAUGACUACACUGCUCUUAUGACUGAGAUUGAGGAGGAGUUAUACAGGAUACAUGCAGAGGCCCGCCAAUCAAUGGCAGACCAGCCAGCCAGCCAAUCAGAGCAGUCCUCAAAAGUGUUCGAUGACUUGGAGGAAAGGUCAAGGCUGCAACCAUUUGGGAAUGUGAUGAGCGUCGAUGAAGGGUCGCCUGCAGAUUUAGCAGGUUUGAAGGUGGGCGACAGCGUGAUCAGAUUUGGUUCACUGACUUCGCAAAACUUCCAAGGUCUACAAAAUAUUGCAGCAAUAGUUCAGCAUAGCAUAGAUAAAAGCAUACCGAUCACUGUAGUGAGAGAUAAUGCAGAUGUGCAGUUGUCCGUAACUCCUUCAAGAUGGAAACCUGACAAAGGUUUAUUGGGGUGCAAUAUAAAACCUGUUACAAGACGAUAAGAUCCUCCAGAAUUCUACUCAACUGUUCAUACCACAUUUCCGAUUAAUAAUGAAAACCCACUGAUGUUUAAACAGCAGAUAAACAGGGAUGGCAGUCCAUAAUAAUUUCUAUUGCCCAAUGAGUUAUGUAAUGUGUAUGUAAUUAGAACAAUUUCCAAUCUGUGAAUGUUUGGAAAGAUCUAUAGUCAAAAUGUGUAUGUUAAUGAAACUAUUGCCCAUAUGUACAUGUUUGGAAAGAUCUAUAGUCAAAAUGUGUAUGUUAAUGGAACUAUUGCCCAUAUGUACAUGUUUGGAAAGGUCUGUAGUCAAAAUGUGUAUGUUAAUGGAACUAUUGCCCAUAUGUACAUGUUUGGAAAGGUCUGUAGUCAAAAUGUGUAUGUUAAUGGAACUAUUGCCCAUAUGUACAUGUUUGGAAAGGUCUGUAGUCAAAAUGUGUAUGUUAAUGGAACUAUUGCCCAUAUGUACAUGUUUGGAAAGGUCUGUAGUCAAAAUGUGUAUGUUAAUGGAACAAUUUCCCAUCUGUAUAUGUUUGGAAAGGUCUAUAGUCAAAAGGUACAGGGUACUGCUAAAAGCUAAAAUUUUCUGAUAAAAUGCUUAAUCCAAGUAAUUGUUUAACAUUGUAACUUAUUGUCAGUUAUGUAUUUAGCAAAGUGUUUUCAUUUGGGAUUGAAUAUUUCACUCUUCCUGGGUUGACCAGCCAAGAGGUGCUGGAUGGUGUUACAAAAAACACCAUCCUUCUAUUUUGCUCAAGAUCUUUCCAAUGUGUACUUGUUGAUUUGUUCAUGCUACUAUUUUACAUAAAAUUUGCAAUACAAUAAUGUUAUUCAUUUUAAACCCUGCUAUUACUAAGAAAGAAUGUUGAAUUACAUUUUCCAGGCUUGCUAAGGCUAAAACUUGUCCUUAGCAAAGUGAUUUACUUCCUUUAAAUUCUAUUUAUUCAUGCUAUUUAUGGAAAAAAGUUGAUACUAGAUGCAUUAGCAUGCAAAUGAGAAUGGCAGAGUAAGCCUAGAAUAUCAACUUCAUUACAUGUGUCUACAAAUGUGCCAUAGGUCCACAAGUACCCCACGAGACAUUUGAUUAAAUGUAUGCACAUUUUUUUCUUGCAUUUGUAACAUUAAAAAUUGACAUGACUUAUAGCAGGAUUUCAACUAACUAGCUGAACUUGCAUUUAAUAUGAGUAACCAGUAUGGUACUAUAGGACUCCAAUAUUUUUGUGGCACAGACAUUAAUAUAUAUUAAUUUGUUUUUUAACUAAAAGCGAUUUCAACCAAUUUAAACAUACCUCACUCAUUAAUUUGUUACGGUCUCGUUAAACUUGUGCAAAAUAUGCACAACAAAAAACUGCAGGCAAUUAUGGGACGCAAUUCAGGCGUGAAAUUUAUGUUAAUGAAGUUCAUUAGCAACAGGUCAAUGUUGUCAAGAUGUAUCACUUCAAAAAUGUUAAGAGUUUUUUUCUCAGGAUUUGCAGUGACAUGGGUCUUUGUGGAUUGCAUAUAACAUUAUUUCCCAUAUAACAAAUCACAAAGCAAACAAACAUACAACAAAUCACAUUGUUUAUUGUCUUUAAUUAAUAACUUCAACAGUAAACAAUAUUCAUGAUGCAAGUACUUCAAUAAGCAAUGAACUAAGUUUUUGCAAUAAGAAAUAAUUUGAACAGUAAACAAUUUUCAUGAUGCAAGUACUUUAAUAAGCAAUGAACUAAGUUUUGGCAAUAAGAAACAAUUUGUCAAAUAGUAUUUCUUUUUAAAUCCUAUAAAAUACUUAAAGAUUCUGUAAAAGUGGGCGCAAAAAGUGAUUGUCCCACUGUUAAGUAUGAGACUUUUUUCUUUAAUACAUUGUGUCUACAUCUGCUACAUACUACAUUCUAGCUUCAUUUCUUGUUUAAUUUUAAAACAAUAACAUGUUCUAUGCCAAGGGAGUACAAUUGUUAUAUGUCUGAUUAAAUAAAUUUAAGAUACAUGCACAUAGACAUAUUGUAUGUGACUUGACAUGGUUUACAGACUUUGUAAAGAACCUUUCUCAUUUACAAUACAGUUCAAUCAGGUUAUAUAUGUACAACAUUUUAUAUGAACAAUUCAGUGUAAUUAAUUUUACAUUCUCUUUAUGUGUGGUAAACUAAUAACAUUAGUUAUUUGUAACAAAAAAUUUCAUUAAUGAAAUGUGGGUUAUCAAAAAAAGUUAUGAAUUUGUAAUUGCAUUUUGUAUGAAUGUAACGAUAUGAUUAUGAACAUACUGAUUAUUAGCAAAACAUAUUACAACUGAUACCGAAAGGUAACGCAUUUAAUUUGCGACAUUGAAUUAUAACCCUGGGGUCAAAACUGGCCACGCCCUUUGAGUCCUAUAGUUAGAAGACUUAUAUAGGAACAUGAAUUAACAAUCAUUUCCACUUAUUCAAAUGGUGAAAUGGUCUAAUAUUUGAUAUUUAACACUGUAAGGCUGUCAUGUUAAAAAUUGUACAAAUUUUUCCUCUGGGGUCAGAAUUGACAACGCCGCGUGGGUCAAAUGUCUCAUUUUUACAUUAUGCUACAUAUGCCCUUCAUCCUCUGGAGGUUAUGUGUCAAAACAUAACAAAUACUUCAGCUUAAUAAAGAUAUUAUCUUUAAGUAUUAGGAAUUCAAGUACAAUAAAACAACAACAAGUAUUUAAGUGAUUUUCAAUCAAGAAAAAACUAACAUAGUCAACUAGAUGAUGUGAAUCUAAAUAUUAAAACUUAAAUACAUGUAUACCAUUAUUCUAAAACAGCAAAUAAAACAAGAGGGCCUGAAAGGCCCAAAGUCGCUCACCUGAGAUAACAAGAUAUUAUUGGGACAAAUCUUCUGACCAAGUUUCAUGAAGAUUGAA